AUGUUCGAAGCAGCAUGCAACAGUCUGCACAAACGUUACACGUCAAGUUUAACAAGAUUUACAUCGUAUCAGCACGUACCAGCAGAUGAACAGCGGGUACCAGCACAUCUGCCUCUAAGAAACAUCCAACAACUGCAGAAGCAUCGACUGCAACAACAUCUCCCAUUCGAUCUCUUCGCACAGUCCUACGAUAAAAUCAUUGUUGACCUGCACAAUGAUCUCAGGAGGCUGGAGAGUUCGUCAAACAUGAGGAAACUUAAAUGGGACAGUCAGUUGUACAAGUUGGCUCGCAGUUGGGCAGAGGAAUGCAUCAAUUCGUACGGCCAUCCCUAUAGAAAAGAGAUUCCUUACAGUUUUAUCAGUCAAAACAUCUUUAUCGAUUCCGUUCCAUCAUCAUAUUUGGAGAACGAUGAGAAUUUAGAAUCGUUUUAUUCAAAAAAUUUGAUUUCUAAAAAGAGUAAAACAUUGGUAACUAAUGCAAUAUAUGAGUGGUACGGAGAAAAAAGGUUUUAUGAUGGGGAAAAUAGAAAAUGCAAGCUUGAGCAAGGCUGCAACAGUUACUUCAGGAUUGUGAGAUCCAACUCAACUCGCGUUGGAUGUGCUCAUAACUUUUGUGCCAACAUCUUCGGGUCGGCCAGAAGGAACCAACUAAUAGUCAUAUGCAACUACAAUUUUGGGACCAUGGAUGAUUCAGAUGAAACAUCAGCACCCUAUCUGAAAGGUGUGCCCUGCUCGCUGUGCAACCCCGCCGAGAUUUGUGACGAUCAGCUUUGCUCCUGAGUGUCAUUAAACUUUUUGUUUGUAAUUUUUAUACUGAAUUUGUUUUGAAAUGAUUUGUAUAUUUUACGUGAAAUCUAUGUCAAACCAAUAUUUAUUCGUUACCUAACUGGAGAUGGGACUAUAUUUUCUAAACUAAUAUUUUUACCAGAUAUUUCAAGAUAAAUAUCGUCAUGAUAGACUUUAUUUAGUUUUCCUAAAAUUUAUUUGCAUUUUACUUUGUUUAAUUUUUAAUAUUGAUUUAUCUUUUCGUUAUUCUGUUUUGUCCAAUCGUAUUCUUUUCAUUAAAUAUUAUACUGAAAGC